ACGAAGUGUCCAUCUGAGUGUUAGAGAGUUUCUGUACUAAUUCGCACAGGGGUCACUUUCUGGACUAAGCAUGGACUCGAACCCGGAGCACAGCAAGGAGGUUGAUAUCUACCGCGACACGUGGGUCCGCUUUUUUGGCUAUGCCAAUGAGGUGGGGGAGGCAUUCCGUGUCCUGGUGCCAGUCGGGAUGGUCUGGGCUAGUUACGGGGUCGCCACGGUAUACGUGACAGCAGACGCCAUGGACAAGGGCAAGAAAGCAGCUGCAGAACACGGAGACGGGACAGGGAAGACAGCUCGGGUGGCGGUGGCAAUGGUAGACACGUUCGUGUGGCAGGCCUUGGCCUCCGUGGUCAUCCCAGGCUUCACCAUCAACCGUGUGUGCGCCGCCUCUCUCUACAUGCUGGGACUCACCACGCGCUGGCCCCUCCCCGUCCUCAAGUGGACCACCACCGCCAUCGGCCUGACCACCAUCCCCUUCAUCAUCAAACCAAUUGACAGGUCUGUAGACUUCCUUCUGGACUCCAGCCUCCGGAAGGUGUAUGGCGGGGGCGGGAGUGGAAAGCACGAUUCCUGA